CAAGUAUUGUUGCUCAUCACACGCUUGGACAAAGAUUUUCGCGAUCAAGUCUUCUCUCAGUCAGACAAAGAAAUGAUCGAGGACACCAGGCUGAUUACCGAUUUGAAGACCACUGCAGUUAGAAUAAAGUUGAGAGGUGCCAUCCCUAUUUCGAAUAUAGAAGGAGCGAAGUAUAGUAUAACGACGCUACGCAAAAUAAUCCUAUCCGUUAACGAGGUUCCGGACGAGACCAUAAUUCUUCAAUUCGAGGAAUUUCUGGUACGGCUGGAGCAAGUGGUCAGAAACAAAAAGAAUGAUGAUUACGACAGCAAAGAGCUUAUGAAGUUAUUUUUGCGCAGCGACAAAAAGUUCUGCAAAGGAAUUGAGAUGAUUAUCCACUCCAUUUGUGUGUCCGCUGUGAAAAUUUCUGUGGAAUCAGUGAUUGAAUCAUUGACAUCAAAGUUUGAGAUCCACUUCAAUAAAUUUAGAAAUGUGAAUGAGGAUAUCGCGUACAUGGUCCUUCACUAG